AUGGCCAGGAACAGCACUGAGCCGGCGCCUGUGCUGCCAAUGGAGUUGCUGCACGACCACAAGGCCGUGGGUGCCAGGGUGCGUGUGGUCACCAGAUUCCAAGAGGUCUUUGAAGGCUCUAUCUUCGCGCUGGACCCUCUCGCGCACUUCCUCGUGCUCGAGAAAAAUGGCGCCAAGAGCAAAACACGGAUCUUGCAACUCGAGAUACUGCAAAGCGAAGCAGAACUGAAGCGUGCAGAGCAUCGAAACAAGGGGGUAGCAGAGCGAGCGUUGGCUUCUAUUGGUCAGGGCGUGUCUAGUGAAGCUCAACUGAUCUUCGAUGCUCUGAACAAGACGAUGCCGUGUGAGUGGGAGGGUGCCAACAUUCGAGUCAUGGGUGAGGUCAGGAUUACACCACCGUACCAAGUGCAGAAUUGCGUCAGUGCGAACGCUCAAGUGCUCUCGCGGGUCAAGAAAGUGAUGGAAGGGGAGAAGAGCAAGUUGAAGAAGGCCAAGAAGUAA